ACAGCCCGGAUAUGAUGUAGCAACUGUUCACACUUCUCGGAAGUUGCAGCAGGGUAACAGAGUAACACGUCUCCAGCGUCAGUCACACUUUAAAUAUAUUAAACUUGCGAUACUUUGCUGUUUUUCACAGAAAUGGCUUAUCCAGGGUACGGCGGGUAUGGGGGUCCGAUGCCAGGCAUGCAGGCUCAGGGGAUGCCUCCCCAAGGAAUGCCAGGAGGACACAUGGGAGGCCCCAUGGGAGGCCCCAUGGGUGGGCACAUGGGUGGACAAAUGGGAGGUGCACCUCCCCAGGGAGGAUAUGCCCCCUAUGGAGGAGGCUAUGCAGGCACGUAUGCAGCCCCAGCCCCAGCACCAGCUGCCAACGAUCCAAUGUGGGGUUACUUUACAGCCAUAGCAGGCCAGGACGGUGAGAUUGAUGCAGAGGAGCUCCAGAGGUGCCUGACCCAGUCUGGUUUUAGUGGCAGCUACACUCCAUUCAGCAUAGACACGUGCAGGAUCAUGAUUGCAAUGCUCGAUAGGGACUUUACAGGCAAGAUGGGCUUCAAUGAGUUCAAGGACCUGUUCACGGCUCUGAACGGCUGGAAGCAGAACUUCAUGAUGUUUGACCAGGACAGGAGUGGAACUGUUGAACCUCAUGAGAUGACUCAGGCAAUCAACGCUAUGGGCUACCGUGUCAGUUCUCAGACUCUGAAUGCAAUCAUCAAGCGCUACAACAAAGGGGGAAAGAUCUUCUUUGAUGACUACGUGGCCUGCUGUGUCAAACUGCGAGCUCUCACAGAGAACUUCAGACAGAGAGAUACCAUGCACCAGGGAUCUGUCAACUUCCAGUAUGAUGAUUUUAUCCUGUGCACAAUGGCCAUUUAAGUGGUACAGUGUGUCCCACACAACGAGAUCACAGCAUCUAAUGAACCAAUCAGCGGUGGAUCCUGGACCACUGCCUCACAGGAAUGCAAAGGGAGGCCAGUAUAUUAGUGAGCUGCCAUGAGCCGCAACAGGAAAAGUACCCAUUGCUUGUAAUGCUUUAGUCUUGUCACACAGGGAGGGGCUGGAGAUGUAUCAGGUGUACAUCUCCAGCCAUAUAUAAUAUAUAUAUAUAUACACACAGUAUGUAUCCAAAUUAGAGGGGAAUAAUAUAGUAUAGCACACUAGUGUCUGAAUUAGAAAAAUACUGUAAACGCUUACAGAUAAAUGUACACAGGGUCAGGCAUGACUUUACCAGAGAUCUCACUAGUUUGAAUAUUGUGCUUUGGGUCUCAUUUUGGAAUGAAACUCUGCCAGUGAUUGUACCGACCUGUGAGACACCUAUUGUGCCAUUAUAAUCUCUGAAUGUAUUGUCCAAUAUUUUAAAAGCAUUUAUAUAACUAUGGCAGCGUCAGCUGUAUUUACAGAUAACAUGUUGAUUUGCUUUUACUCUGAAUUUCAGUUAUGAAUUUUGUUCUUGCCAGUACUUUUCUCGUGUACAUUAUUUCGUGAACAACAUUUUAGGUUCAGGAAGUAAUGUGCACUUCUAUUUUAUAAGUUAUAUUGAGCCCCACCUGUAGAAGAUUAGAUGCAUAUAUAUAGCUUGAUGUUUAACUUGAUAACAAGCCAAAGUGACUGUGAGCUGACUAUAAAUCCACACUGUUACCUGAUACUAAUGUUAUACUGCAGCUGUAAACAUUUGUUGUCCAUGUUUCAGUUCAAACACAGCCAGGUUCAAGUCAACCUCUGAACAUGCACACAUGUUGUAAGGAUCAUAUUUUGUUAUCCACAAUAAACACUUUUUAAAUCA